CUUCUGUCCACAAAAAACCUCUCUUUCUCUCUCUUUCUCUUCUUCUCCAAAACAUCAACAAUGGGAUCAGAAACUUUCUUAGAAAUUAUUCUGGCGAUUCUUCUACCUCCCGUCGGCGUUUUCCUCCGAUAUGGUUGUGGGGUAGAGUUCUGGAUCUGUCUGUUGUUGACGAUACUGGGUUACAUUCCUGGGAUCAUCUAUGCUAUCUACGUUCUUGUUGGAUGAUGACCAAAUUCUCUUCUUGUAAAUUUUUCAUAAUCUUUAUCUAGCCUUUGUUGUUUCCUCAUCACUCUUGUAAUAAACAACUCUUGCCUUUUCACUAAAUAAAUACUAUUUAUGCUUAGUUUCUA